AUGACAUCACCUUGGCCAUUCUUUACAUGGGGAAUAGACAUUAUUGGGAAGAUUCACCCAACAGUAUCCAACAACCAUGAAUUUAUACUUGUAGCCAUUGACUACUUUAUUAAAUGGGUAGAAGCUGCUUCAUACAAAAUCUUGAAUUCAAAGAAAGUUGCUCAAUUCAUUCAGACCGAUAUCAUCUGUAGAUACGAGGUACUGCAUGAAAUUAUCUCAAACAAUGGGUUGCACUUCAAAGUAGAAACUGAGAAGCUACUACGACAGUUCAAUAUUCGACACCACAAGUCUUCACCUUACCGCCCUCAAACCAAUGGAGCAGUUAAGGCUACUAAUAAAAACAUAAGGCGAAUCUUGAAGAAGAGCAUAAAGAACUACAAGGACUGGUACCUACAGUUACCCUAUACAAGAAGUGGGGAGACUCAAGAUAGAAGACAGAAAAAUGGCGAAGGAGUCUCGUAA